CGUUUAUUUACCUCAUUGCAGGUGAUUUCAGAGAGUGACAUUUUAUCGAAUCCAGUAUCUGGACUGAUGAUUGGAAUUUUAGUGACAGUCUUGGUUCAAAGUUCAAGUACUUCUACGUCCAUUGUGGUUUCUAUGGUUGGCGCCGGCAUUCUUAAAGUGAAUAUAGCUAUUCCGAUCAUAAUGGGAGCCAACAUUGGAACGUCCGUGACAAACACCAUAGUUUCUAUUGGCCAAUCAGGUGACAGGAACGAGUUUCGCCGCGCGUUUGGAGGUGCUACUGUGCACGAUAUGUUUAAUUGGUUGACGGUGGUAAUCCUUUUACCAAUCGAGUGGGCCUUUGGGUAUCUAUACAAUUUGUCGGAGGCCAUUUUGCCAGAAAAGUUGGACAGUAAAGAUAUUGAAAUCGAGCUGUUAAAAGUUAUCACAAAACCAUUUACAAGCUUGGUAAUUGAGGUUGACAAGAAAGCAAUUACAGCGGUUGCAACAAGAGACAGAAAUUCCAACGAAACGCUUGUGGUACGCGUCCUGAAGGUGUGCGACGACGGACCUUACAACGUAACUUCUUGUAAGUGAGCAAAAAGCCAAUUUGUAGUUUAAACUG